GUGCACAGACACAUGCUCACACACACCACACUUGCCUGAAACUCCUGCUAUAUGAUACAGGCGAGUGGUCAGGAAAAAAAAAAGUGAGGUCACAACUACGCGACUCCCUCAUGUCUUCUUCUGCAUUCUAGUUUAUACUAUAUUACAGACCAAGAUAUAUUUCAUGCAUCUUAUCUGAUAACCAUAUUAUAAAGUGGAACCUGUUUCAGCAGAUAUAAAUCAUUGUACAGGAAAAUACCAGGACUAAAUUGAAGUGGUCACCAUGUUGUCUGAUGAGUACUUAGUGGAGUGCAAAAUAGAUGAUGAUGAUGAUGAUGAUGAUGACUAUGACGAGGAUAUGAUGAAGAUGCACCCCACUCCAACUCCACCACCACAGUUCUGCUCCAGCUCCCAAGUGUCCAUAAGCCAAGGUGAAACAAGAGACCCCUAUGGAGUCAACAACCACUUGAAGAUGGAGUUUAGUGAUGUUUUGGCCGAGCCAGCCUCUCCGCACAGUUAUGAACGUGUUUGGGUGUACAGUAGCAUUGGGUUUGAGUCAGCACGAAUCUGGAGUUACCGCUGCCUCACGACACUGUUCGCAGUCCCUGUUUCCUGCCUCUCUGGCUGCCUUUUUGCACUGCUGGCCUGCUUACACAUCUGGUGUGUGAUGCCGUGUGUACAGGUGUGUCAUACCUGUUUGCCCUGCGUUAGGUCCCUGUGGAUGAGUGUGGUGAAUAUCUUCAUCAUGCCACUCUGCGUGUCUGCUGCUCGCUGUUGUAGUGGAAUGUAUGUAUUAUUCUCUAAUGAAUGAGGAAGACAGUGAAGAAAUGCACUCCAUAUAUCAAAACAAUCCUUUUUGCUUAAUUCAGGCAUACAUACUUCAUGACAUUUAAGGUUCAGUGCACUUUCAGCACUUAAAUACGUCUACAUUGGAGUGAAAUGAAUGGAAUAUAAACAAUGUUUAAAUAACCACUGGUCACUGUGUGGCUUGAUAUACCAAAUAUAAUCAACCAUAGUUAGUACAGCAUAUGUAUGUUGAUAUAUUGUUGGAUAUUAUUGUUACACAUCAACACAGCAACAAGAAUCCAUUUUUCAUUUUAAACUUUACACUUGAUUUGUCUGAGUGUUCCGGAUGAUUCAGUUCCCCUGUUUGCCCUUCAGUGCCCAUGUGCAAAAUCCUGACAUUUUCUCCUGUUGCUGCGUUUGGCAGCCUGUGUAUGCUGAAUCACCACGCGUUAGUUUAUAACGUUAUUAUUUUCUGUUCAUCAGGGUAAGGUAAAUUUCACAUUGCUUGUAAUAUAGUUUGUAAUUAAAUACAUGCUUUGAAGCAUAGAAUGUUUUGUUGUCAGAGGUUUUAUUGCUCAGUCAUAUGACGGAUAUCCAGUAACUCUAGCUUUCACCCUGUUUUCAGCGUCUCUGUGUAACUUAAUUGGAGUAAAUGCUUCAAGAUUAAUUAACAAAUAUAUCCCAAUUAGAACUGUGAAUGCCUAGUUUUUCAGACAUUUUGUUGUUUGGACAGUAAGUAAUUUUAUUAUUAUUAUUAUUAUUAUUAUUAUUAUUAUUGUGUAUCAUGUAUGUCACACAACUUGAAGUUUUGUUGCAGACAUAAAUAAACUAUAUAGCAUGGCACAGUAAGUAAUCUGUGUUAUUAUUUUAGGUUACACGUCUCAGUUACACACUAGGAAAACUUACUCAGAGAAAAAAUGCACCUAGGAAAGUGGUUCACCUAUAGUAUGUUGCAGCUAGACUGCAUUUAUAUCCUACUGUUAUGGUACUAAUAUAUCUGCUUCACAGUUUCAUUCAGUUUCAUUCAAGUUUCAUCCAUCAUGUUUUUCACACUAAACCACAGACAGAACUGGUACUGGUAAAAAGGAGGUUUCCCACAUGUAUUACAAUAUAUUACAACUGAAAUGUCUUUAAAAUAAAACUCUGAUGAUGGUACUCUAGCUCUCUUUUUCCUCUGAACUCUACAAGUUUCAUCCAUAUGCUUUUAUAAUUAAGAAUGAGGGGAACCAGAUUACACUGACACCCAUGGAAAGUGCUUUCCCCACUAUAUUCCAACUGGUGUGCAUUUCAAAUACUACAGCAAUGCUAGUAAUGUGUCCAUGUUUGAUCAACUUAAGUGUUCAUUACAUUUCACCCACAGAGCAUUCAUUUCCACUGAGAACCCUGGGGUAACAGAUUUACCUGGAGCCAUGAGAAAAGGGAUUUCCCCAUUGUAUAUUACAGUGUGAUUAAUUUUAUAGCACCACAGUGAUGCUGGUGAUGUAUUUUGGAGUCAUCAUUACAUGUAAGAAUUGGGUCCCUGGAGGACUAAUGGUUAGGCCUCAGCGCUCUCACCGCUGUGGCCCGGGCUUGAUUCCUGGCCAGGGAAUCAACCCUAGCCACUGGGGUUGCACAUGACAUUGCACUUCCAGUGCUGGUCCCAAGCCUAGAUAAAACUGGGGAGUGUUGUGCCAGGAAGGGCAUCCGGUGUAAAAACUGUGCCAAAUCAAAUAUACGGACCAAUGAUCUGCUGUGGCGACCCCUAACGGGAGCAGCCAAAAGAGGAACAACAGCAUUACAUGUAAAAAUUAACAAGAUCAUUUAACUCAGUAAAUUUAACGGAACCCCUACAUGCCUUUAGAGUGGAAAUACACAUAUUUAUGACUGGUACCCAUAAAUAAGUAUAUGUUUCCCCCUGACAUAUUAUAACAGCUCUGGAACUAAAGUGCCAGGAAUGAUGAUGUCUAUGCUGCUUCUGCUUUACCAAGGUUCCUCAAUUUUCCAUGUUGUUACUCUCAUACUGCAGAAGGAUUUACUCAGUGCCCAUGGAAAAUUAAUUAUCACAGUAUUAGACAAUUUGGAUCAAUUUAGUAUAUUACAAUGAUGUUAAUAACAUUCCUCAGUUUUAUGGAUUCUCUCAGUAUAUGUCAACCACAUGUCAUUA